AUGGCUCUGGUGGAGCAGUGGAUGACCUACGCAGACAAAAAUAAGCCUCCGUGUCCCUUCAACCGCCGUCGGAGACCGCCUCAGACGAUCUUCUUCGUAUUUGGAAAGGACAAAAAUCAGGUCAGGUGGUCUGUCCUGCGUUUCGAUCCGCAGCUGGAAAAGGAAGAGAGGAUUGCCGACAUGGAGAAGCGAGAAUACGCCACCUACAGUCUCGUGGGCGGUGAGUUGCCUGACAGUUACGCACCUCCUCUUCUGUGCACCUGCCUUGUUUUCCUCUUUGUCUAAUUUGGCCAGUUGGUGUCUCCUUUUUGCCAGAAUUAAAACAAACACACACGCAGUCCUGCCAGUAAAGCAGUAGUAGUAGCAGUAAUUGAGGGGUUUUGAGGUCUUAAAGUUGUCCAUUCGCCUGGCCUGCCCCCGACGCGUUUGUUGUUUUUCGUCUUCAAUUUACCCAACCGUGUCUCCACCUGCGUGGUUUGUGUCCGUCACGGGCGGCCACUCAACUGGGAGAUUUGUGCAUCCACGUCUUUUUGUCCGACGAUGUUGUUCCCCCUCUUUCUGUUAACUACAAGCCUUUUUUAUUUUAUCUUUCCUACCUUCUUUUAUCUUUCCACUUUAUCUUUCUUCCGCGCAAUUUUAUGAAACUUUUUUCUGCUCCACCCCACCCCCACUGAAGAGAGCAUUUUCGUGGUUGGAGGAGACACUGCGCAAGGUUGGUACUCCACGAGUGUCGAGGAGUUUCUGGUGGCAGAACGGCGCUGGCGCAAACGGGCGUCCCUCGCCGUCGGACGUUCGUACCACGCAGCCGCAGUCCUGACGGAAGCCGGAGGGGAGGCGCUGAUCGGCGUUUUCGGUGGAUACAACGGUAGUCGCCUUUCCUCUUGUGAAGUCCAUGAAGUCGGUCGGGACAGGUGAGAGCACACUCGUCCUGGCGACUCCUUUUUUUCCUGCAAAAUCUUCCUGUUUUGCCUUCUCACUCGUCUCCUCCUCCUCCCCAACACACACAGGUGGUUCAAACUGCCGGAUCUGCGAGAGAAGAGGGACGAACCAGCUGCUGCCUGCCUGCCCGGCGACAGUAGAGUCUUCGUUUUUGGCGGCUAUAAUGACUCCUCCUCCACGCUGGCUUCUGUGGAGUUCUGCCACCUGCGAGCAGACUGGCGAGAGAGGGCGACCUCGUCGGACUUUUGGCAGCCAGCCGCACCCAUGAGAACUUCACGAUACCGGCUGGCAGCGACACACUUUCGGGGGAAAAUCAUUGUCGCCGGGGGAUAUGGUGGUGGAAACAGAUUAAACGUGGUGGAGAUGUUCACACCACCAGCUGCCAGGUGUCCCCAGGGCCAGUGGACAGAGUUAACUGGCAUGAAGAAACCCCGCGAGUGUUUCGCUCUUCUCACCUCCACCGACGACGCCAUCUUUGCUCUCGGUAAUGAUGCGUCCUCCUUCACGGACUGCAUUACUUCUCCACUCUCCUCUUUUUUAUGCCAUUCCAUGGCCUUUUCUGCGUAAUCCCUCUUUAUGAGGAAGGCAAAUACAGUCCGUAUGAUGGCAAGCAUGUGAAAAUGUGACUUUGCAUGGCGUUUCGUAAACACAACGAGGUUAGAGCCGAUGGUAGUCCGUUUGUAUUGUAAAUCGUCUGCUUAUUAAAGUAGAUUUUUACGAGAAUUAUGCAGCCGACUGGUUAAAGCGUCUUCGGUAGGUACUGCGUUCAAAGCUUACUUUGUCUACUCUGAGUUUUAUUGAAAUAAUCUUUUACUAGCUGUAUUGUGCAAAUCGUAUGCUAAUUUUUCUAUUUUGAUAUUUAUGAAGAUAGAAUUUCACUGGAAUUAUUCACAAUUUGCAGGCUGCUGGAAUGGAUCAGGAAACACGGUGGAGACUUUCACAGCACCAGGCGGAUCGGCUGAUGUCAGCAACGACUUGACAGCUUGGAGCUGGUCGUCGAAGAAACCACUGGAGACGCUCGCAAACAUCGCAGGAGCUGCAAGCAUUCGCAUGUGA